AUGGAAACGCGAAUAGGAUUAUUGGGAUUAUUUUUCUAUUACUUCGUCGUGAUUUCUGCGGUGCUUAACAUCAUCAGCGGCGAAGUGCAAUCCUACUGGGAGCAGCCCUUUUCGCAGCCUUACUUCGACAAUAGCACCAAGCGGGAGGUGACCGCCACCGUCGGUCAGUCCGCAUUGCUGCACUGCAGAGUCCGGAAUUUGGGCGACAGGGCGGUGUCCUGGAUACGGAAACGUGACUUACAUAUCCUAACGGUGGGCAUUCUCACCUACACGAACGACCAGCGCUUCCAGUCGCUGCACACCGAGGGCAGCGACGAGUGGACGUUACGCAUCACGUCGCCCCAGCCGCGCGACUCCGGCACCUACGAGUGUCAGGUAUCGACCGAGCCGAAAAUCUCCCAAGCCUUCCGUCUCAACGUGGUCGUCUCGAAGGCGAAAAUCCUCGGCAACUCGGAGCUAUUUAUCAAAAGCGGAAGCGAUAUCAAUCUAACAUGUGUUGCGCUGCAGUCCCCGGCGCCCCCCUCGUUCAUCUACUGGUACAAGGGCGGCCGGGUCGUUAAUUACUCGCAGCGCGGCGGCAUCAGCGUCCUGACGGAGCGACAAACCAAAACCAGUAAAUUAGUGAUUGCCCGCGCCAUGCCCGCCGACUCCGGCAACUACACCUGCUCGCCGAGCAGCUCAGAUUCCGCCAGCGUCGUGGUGCACGUGAUCAAUGGCGAGCAGCCAGCCGCAAUGCAGCACGGCAAUAGCAGCGCUAAUAGCGUUUUAAUAAAUAAUCGCAGCUUUGGCCGGUUCCGAGGCUGUUGCACCUGGGCCGGCCUCUGGGCGGCCUUCUCGGUGGGUGGCAGUAAAAAUGUAAUCUUAUCAUUAACAUCGUCCUGGCUCAGCUGCUGGCUGCUGAAAUCGGCGAUCGGGCUGCCACCGCCCGGCAGGUGA